AUGUUAAAAGCUUUUAAACACCUUCUUCUCAAUAACCAAAAGACCCAGAGACUUGAUCAACCGAAACCACCGAGCAACGACAAAACAGCAAACAUAAAAACACACAACCGGCAGACCGAGCAACACCGACACCGAGCAAACACGAGAACCAAACCAGACAGACCGAGCAACCAACCUGAGCAACCGAAAGACGAGAAGACAACAGAACGAAACGAGCAACCGACCGAGAACAGACCGAGGAACAACCGAGCAAACCGACCGAGCAACAGACAAACACGAGCAAAACAACCAAAGCAAAAGGACGAGAAACAACCGAGAACCAAAACGAGCAACCAGAGAGCAAACCGACAGACCGAGCAACCGACAGAACAAAGCAAACAACAGAACGACAACAGAACGGAGCAACCGAAAGACGAGCAACAAGACCGACACGACAGACGAAAACGAAGAAACCGGAAAACAACCAAAAACGAGAAACCGAGAGAACAAAGAAAACAGAACACAAACAGAGAACACAAACAAAACCAGAACCGAGACGAGACAACACAGACGAGCACCGAGAAACCGAGCAACCAAGAACAGAACCAAACACACAACCGACAUCACCUACAAACCGAGCAACCACCAAGAACAAACGAGCAACAUACGAGCAACCGACAGACCUAUUAA